AUGGAAGAAAUGAAGAAGAAUGGUGUCUGGAUACCCGAAAGCAGUCAAAAACCAGUAAAGACAGAGUGGAUCGCUGGUUCUGUCAUUUUCACCUACUUUGAAGGGGACAUCGACAGUAUGGUAGAUGAACACUUCUCCAGAGCUCUGCGUAACCUCAAGAGGCCCCACGAAUGCAGUUCCUCAAGUCACAGUGACAAUGUGACCCUGAAGAACGGGGUGAAUAAAAUACGGACGGACACCAGCCACACGGAUAGAGAGCGCAAAGUCGAAGGUUUUUUAUUUUAUACAAAAUCCAGUCAAACUGAAAAUUCAGGAGAACUGAAAGACAUGCCUGUGGAGGGAAAGGGAACCAAUAAGAGCAUGCCCCCGAAUCACAGGCAUCUCUCUUCUUGGACAAAGCCACAGCCAGCAGCAUCUCCUGAAAAUGGCGCCAGAAGCAGCAGCUUGGAUGAAUAUGGUCCUAAGGCUAUGGAUCAGCGCUCACUGUCCAUGCCCAAGACGCCCUCUGCGCAUCCUCUGGAGCCGUGGCACUUCUCCUCUCUAGCGAGGCCAGGCUUCAUAGCGCCUGCCUACUUCCCUGUCUUUCCUGACAGGCAUCUGACUCCAGAGUUCUACCAUGUCUUUCCUGACAGGCAUCUGACUCCAGAGUUCUACCAUGUCUUUCCUGACAGGCAUCUGACUCCAGAGGUCUACCCUGAUGGGAGAUGUGGGUCCCUUCAACAUUUAGUCCAGCAAGAUAGAUACCAAAACCGUCCUCUGGAACCUGCUGCCAGGGAGAACUGCAGCCCUGCCAAGAUAGCUGGAAGCACAGGAUCGCUCAUGAACCUGCCUCCCUACCCAGUCCACUACAAGAAGAAACUCUGUGCUCGUGGAGCUGCCAGUGCCAGUCUUGAUGAUGAAAGAAGCCCGUCUCCAAAGAGAAGAAGAGAUGCCAACAAUUAUUAG